AUGGAACGAAAAACUGGAUAUAAUAAAUUACAUGUAUGUCUCUUUGACAAAGCAAAUAUUUUCAGAAGGUUAAAGUGUGACUACAAGGAUCAAAUGAAGUUUACUUGUGUUAGCAAGAUUCUGCCAUGUUUUAGGACCCGUGUGAAAAGCAAGCAGUGGCCCCAGAAUUAAAGUUUGUAAUUUAUUACAGGAAUCAAUCAAAAAUGACUUCAGUAUGCUUUGAACUACAGACUAUGGAUUAACAUUCAAGACUAGAAGAUUGAAAAACCAAAUAGGUAAUAAACUAGGAGUUAUUUGGAUGGACCCAGGACUAAGUCUCUAUUUAAUAAUGGUCACUUACCUCAAAGUUGAUGAUACGGGAAUCUCCUUACAGAAUCCUAUGGGCACAUUUCUCCCAUUUUCUGUAGAACUGUUUUCUGAAACCAUAAUCAGCAACUGAGAAUUGUUUUUCGGAAGACACAAGAACUCCCCACGCUGGAGGAAUGGCAGAUGAAAUUAAUGGACUAUAUGGAACUGGCGGAAAUGACUGGUAGAAUCCGUGACCAGGGAGAAGAGUCGGUGGAGGAAGAUUGGAAGAAAUUCAAAGACUAUCUUCAGAAACAUUGCAAAAUUAAAGAAUGUUAGAGUGAUGUUGGACUGAAUAUAAGCGGUUUCCAGCUGUACAGAUUAAAGAUUAGGUUCAAAGAUGUUUAAGGAAAUGGAAAUUUGACAAUUAAGAGGUAAAAUUUCAAUGUUAUACCACAUUAAGAUCAAAGAUUAGUUUUAAAGAAGUUGAAGUUAUAUAUUAUAUUUAAAAUUAAAGAUUGGGAUUAAAAAAGUGGAAAAGAAAUUGCUGGACAAACAAUUUGGAUUGGAAUACAAAAGAGGGAGGUAUGAGGAAGUCCAGAAAAUAAGUAAAUUCAAAAACGGAAAUGGAAAAGAGAUAUUGUUUUUAAUUGUUAUGUUUCUUUUUAUUGUUGAUUCUUGCUCUUUGUGUUUUUUUUUAUUUUCUUUCUGGGAUUUGUAUUGUGUAUUUGUGUAUCUUUUUAUGUUUUUUUUGUUUUUGUUUGGUGUUUAAUUUUUGAUUGAAACUUUAAUUAAAAAAAAUUUUUUUUAAAAAAAAUUAUUUUUCAAUACAAGAAGUGACUUAUGAGCACUUAACUCCAUUGCAUGCACAUACCUCCUGAAUGUCAGACUGGGUGUGACAGAGAAGGAGGUGCAGAAGGCCAAGGUAUGAAGACUUUGGAAGCAAGUGUCAUACUGCUGGUACUUUGGGUUCCCGUUCAAGAGAGAAGUAUAUAGAUGUUGAAAGUGAGGGAUGAGCUAAAAGCAGAAAUAGGGCUCUGCCUUCAAGUGAGCAAGGACUUCAUCCUGGAAAAGGUUUUUGCUGCAUCUACCUAUUAUGAGCGCAUUACUCAAUAAAGUAAUAAGACAUUAAAGGGCAGUUAACACACACAUACCCUGUUUCUGUUCUGCUCUAUUGCCUAGGUAUUCUGCUGUUCUGGGCAAACAGAUGCAGAAUCAUUCAUACCUGGUUUAUGGUGCUUAAUUAUACAGUGUGAUUAAAUGCAAAUUGAGCACAAUAAUUAAAGGAACAUUUGGACAGAGAAAAAUAAACCGUUGUUCAGUACCGCAGUGUCAGUACAGAUGCACAGAAAAAUGGUAAAAGCUUAAACUGUAGAACAGCCGAUAAAAAGGAUGGAUUACUGGAACUCUUAAGCCUAGUGUGAAAAAACACUUGGGCUCCAAAGAAUGCAAGUUAUAGGGCAACACAAAAAAAUAAUAGAAUGUAUUUAAGUGAACAUUUGGGCAUGCAUACACUUCCAUCCAAUUAAUUGUCCAACUAGAAAACUGGUUGUACGCAGAAGGCAAGUCAAAGUAUGGAGAAAAAGUUGCAAACGGAUCAGGACCAUUUCAGUCAUUACAGAUCACUGUGGAUUGGACACAUGAGAAUUAGAUGUGAAAACAGUUUUGAGUUCCCAUUAGAUGACUCAUCAGGCUUAGUGGGAAAAGAUACACGGCUUUUAAAUUACUUUAAAUGUUGUCUCCCCCACCCCUGACUUCAUGCCUUUUUACUGUUCCCUACAUGCCUCCUACCUCUCUUUCAUCUGUUGCUAUUCCUGACACUAUUUGCAGAAAAAGAUAUCAUUUCUUAGAUGUGUGGAAAGAAAUAGCAUACUUAGUAUUUUAAAUAUUAAUUAUGCCAUCCAGAGACCUUCUUUUGGUAGCUUCUGUUGGGGGGAAAACAUGAGCGCUGCUUAACUUUUAUAAGGUUUGAGCCUGUAAGGCAACUUUACAUCAUCAUCUCAUUAGAAAUGUACCAUAGCAGCGAGGUGUGAAAAAUGGAAAGCAGGAAAACCCACUUAUGAAUUCAGUCGAGGGCCUCAGGCAAGUCAGUUCUCUCCGCUAAAGUAACAGGAUAGUAAUGUCCUGGUUGACAUGGAAGUGCCAAGGAUUACUGAGAUAAUGUAUAAUAAUAUCCCAAGAGUGCUAGAAAAUCAUUAUUGGUUGGAUCCAGAUCUGUAAUGAGCAGAGUUCUGCUGAGAGUGGAGAAAGGGAGGUCUUUUUCACCUGUUUCUCCCUCCCCUGCAAAGCUUCUGUAGAAUGUUUUGGUCAUAUCAUGGGCAAAAUCCUCCCCGUCUUACUGCAGGGAUCCUCUGCUAGAUUCCAAAUCCUCCUAUUCACAAAUGGAGCACAUUUGGAUCCAGCCCUAUAUGAAAAAGGAAUAUAUUUUUUCAUUUACUUUUUAUGCUGGUUCAGUUACAAAGAUGUCCAGGCAUUUUUUCUUCAGUUUGGAGGAAAGCUGCAUAUCUGCUCUCACUUUAUGAGAUAUUCUCUCUUAUGUGGUGUUCUCUCUUCCCUGCAGUGGAGAAAUGUGAUUAUAGCCAAGAAUUGCCUGUGCACUGGAACCACAAGAUACGUUUCAUCAGUUGCUGA